UUUUGCAAAUUUUGUAGAAUAUCCUUUAUAUAUGUGUAACGUUUCGGCCGAUAUUGUUAAUACGAGCCGAUAUCUCACAUGGAAUGGUGGCCUCAGUGUUAACAAUGCAUUUUUCUCUCGCAUUUCUUUUAACAGUGCUCACCGCUGCUCAGUGCAAAUUGAUUAAGCUGUCGUGUGACGAGAUCAGACAGCUGGUGGACGGGCACAAUGUGCGGCGGAUGAGGAUCGCUAACGGCACUCUCUCGGGGUAUCCCGGCGCUACUGACAUGAAGUUUAUGGUUUGGGACAAAGAACUAGCGCAUAAGGCGGGACUUUGGGCGGAAAGAAAUGUCUUCAUGCACAACCCUAAUCGCACUAUCAAUUCCAAGCGUUUCGAGACUGGCGAGAACAUAUACAUGUACCAGACGACGGCCCGCCGCGCCUCCUUCUCUAUGGAGAUGGCUCUAAAGUCCUGGUGGGACGAGUACAAAGACUGGAAGUAUGGGCCAAUGACGGAAGAGGACUUUGCUGAAGGAAGCGAGGAUAUCGGCCAUUUCACUCAGAUGGCGUGGGCAGAUAGCUCGUACCUCGGCUGUGGACUGUUUGUCUCUCGGACUCAGGAUAAGCGGAGUACUAAGUUCUUCAUAGUCUGCAACUAUGGACCUGGAGGCAACAUAAUCGGGUCAAGUCCGUACCGCGCGGGUGAACCCACAAAACGCCUGUACUGUGUCACCGGGAACUGCGGACGACCCUACGGACACCGUUGCUGAUGCGUAUGCGGCAUUCAUUACUUUAAAAAUGAAUAAAUGAAUUGAAUAAU